AUGGUCCAGUUGUUUAAGGACUUCCAAAUUAGCAAGAAACCCGGCUUCUUUACUGCCGAAGACAUGGAUUCUUACGAUACGAGCCAACCGCAGGUUCCAAUCCGCUGCUUUGGCCACGUACUCAACCUCCCUGUCAACGCCUUCUUCGAGGGGGAUUCGUCAGGAAUCUUCGACUCUACCGAUAAUAAGGACAGACUUGAUAUCGAUACUGAACUGAGGCUUCUCACAGAGUGGAGGAAGUAUGGCUCAAGGCUGGGGAGAACAGACGAGAGACCCGAAAAUCGGAUCUCUGAAGAUGAUGUCUUGCAACACGAAGACUGGCUCAUCCUCACGGAAAUCCUCGAAAUCUUGAAGGUCUAUAUCCAGUAUACCAAAUAUUUCGAGGGCAGGGAACCCAGAUUUUCGGAGGUCAUCUCAACAGUCUGUUGCUUGCAAGACCACCUCAAGGAAAUGCAGAAACGCUAUAAUGAGGACCUUGUUGGUACGCCUUUCGAGACGCCACAGAUCGAUCUAGAAGAGCCUUCCUUUGGUUCUUCCGAUUCAGCUGUAAGCUGUAUAUUUGUUGCAGGCGACGAAUCCCAGAUGCCUCUGCGCUCGCAGAGGGAUGUCAGACUUCCUGCCCGCCUCCAAGACUUCGAAGUCUAUAUUUCCUCUCAAAACGAGCCUCCUCAUUCCUUAGAGCCGAUCGUCUCCGCGUGA